AAAAAGACAGAGACCGAAAGAGAAGGUAAGUUAAAUUCUGGUCCUUUUGAUUUCUGGGAGGAAGUCUCUCUCUCUCUCUCUCUCUCUCUCUCUCUCUCUCUCCCCCCUCUCAGGUGGACGAAAAGAAUGCAGGCCUUUGUUAGAAUGACGCUUCCGGUUCGCAGAGUUUGGACCGGUGUCGCCGCCCGCAUCGGCGUUCGUAAAAGAGGGCAUAUGAAGCUUCGGAAGGAUGUGAGUUCGUGCGAGUACGAGGAUGUGCGGGUGAUGUGGGAGAUGCUGAGCCGAAUCGAAGCAGAAACCAAUUGGUCCCCAAGAAAAAGAAAGAGAACACUGUCGAGUUGCUUAGAAUGGGCAAGGCGAGCUCAUUUCCUUUGUCGAAGCUUCUAAAAAACACAAGGUUU